ACAUGCUCAGUUUGAGUUUGAGGCUCAACGAGUCAGCUCCUCCCUAGUGUGUGUGAGCAAGAAAUUCGCAAACGGAGCAAGGAGCUGUGCAUCACAGAGCAAGUGGCACAUCAGUCCUGGGACCGCAUUAACGCAGCUGGAUCCCCGGCGGACCAGAUAUAACACGUCACCGAGGGAACGGAACCCUGCUCCGGCUGAAGCAUGUUUUCCUCAGUGAAGGCGUAUGAGGGCCAAGCGUAUGCAUCCCUGAAGAAGCAGUGCUUGCAAAACAAGACACUUUUCGAGGACCCCCUGUUCCCCACUGUCGAUGAAUCCCUCUUCUAUCAAGGCAACAAGAUUGGCAGGGUGCACUGGAAGAGGCCUAAGGAGCUCUGCAGUGACCCCCACCUGUUUGUGGAUGGCAUCAGUGCUCACGACCUGCACCAGGGACAGCUGGGAAACUGCUGGUUUGUGGCUGCCUGCUCCAGUUUAGCCUCCAGGGAGUCUCUAUGGCAUAAAGUCAUCCCAGACUGGAAGGAGCAGGAGUGGAACACAGAAAAGCCCGAAUCCUACGCCGGGAUCUUCCACUUUCGCUUCUGGCGCUUCGGAGAUUGGGUGGACGUCGUCGUCGACGACCGGCUGCCCACCGUCAACAACCAGCUGGUGUACUGCCACUCUAAUGACAGCAACGAGUUCUGGAGUGCCCUGGUGGAGAAGGCUUAUGCCAAGGUGUACGGUUGCUAUGAAGCGCUGGAUGGCGGAAACACAGCCGACGCCCUGGUGGACUUCACCGGGGGCGUGUCGGAGCCCGUGGACCUGCUUGAGGGCAAGUUUGCCGAGGACGAGGCCGCCCGCAACCAGCUGUUCGACAGGGUCCUUAAAGUCCAAAACCGAGACGGCCUCAUCAGCUGCUCGAUCAGAGCGACCUCCUCAGCGGACAUGGAGGCACGGCUGGCCUGUGGCCUGGUGAAGGGCCACGCCUACGCUGUGACAGAUGUCAGGAGGGUACGGCUGGGUAGCGGGCUGCUGGCCUUCUUCAAAUCGGAGAAGCUCACCAUGAUCCGUAUGAGGAAUCCCUGGGGGGAGAGGGAGUGGAACGGAGCCUGGAGCGAUAGCUCUGAAGAGUGGCAGAAAGUGAGCAAGAGUGAGAGAGAGAAGCUGGGCGUCACAGUGCAGGAGGAUGGAGAGUUCUGGAUGACCUUUGAGGACUUCUGCCAGCACUUCACCGACCUGAUCCUGUGCCGACUCAUCAAUACCUCCCACCUGAGCAUCCACAAGACCUGGGAGGAGGUGGUGAAGCAGGGGUCCUGGGUUCAUCUGGAUGACCCUCUGAAGAACCGCGCCGGGGGCUGCAUCAACCACAAAGCCACCUUCCUGCAGAACCCCCAGUACGUGUUCGACGUGAAGAAGGCGGAGGAUGAUGUUCUGAUCUGCCUGCAACAGAAGGACCGCCGUGCCCGUCCCAAAGAGGGGAAGGGCGAGAACCUGGCCAUCGGAUUCGACAUUCACCGGGUGGAGCUCAACAGGAAGUAUCGCAUGCACAUGAUCCAGCAAAAAGUCGGGGGUUCCGUCUAUAUAAACUCACGCUGCGUGUUCCUGCGGAAGGAGCUGAAGGAGGGGCGCUACGUCAUCAUCCCCACGACCUUUGACCCCGGCCUGCAGGGCGAAUUCCUGCUCCGGGUGUUCACUGACGUGCCUUCGGACUGCAAAGAGCUGACCCUGGACGAGCCGCCCCAGACUUGCUGGACUGGGAUGUGUGGCUACCCUCUCCUGGUGACACAGGUGCAUGUGCUGGCUGCAGUGGGGCUGCAGGGCCAGGACUCCAAUGGAGCCUCAGAUCCUUAUGUCAUCAUCAGCUGUGAAGGGCAGAAGGUGCGCUCUCCGGCCCACAAGAACAACUGUAACCCAGAGUUUGACACUAAAGGGCUCUUUUACAGGAGGAAACCAAAGGGAACCAUUCACAUUGAGAUCCACAAUAAGAAUGUGAUCUCGGACUCCUUCAUGGGUCAGGUGACCCUGACCAGUGAACCCAACGACGCCCAGCAGCAGCACACCGUACACCUUCGGGACAAGGGGAAUCGUCAGAGUAACGACCUGCCGGGGACGCUGUCAGUCCGCCUGAUCACCUCCAGCACGCUGACCGGAAUCUGAGCUCCACCCACAGGCCACGCCCCACACAGCCUGGGCGCCUCCCAAAAGGCCACGUUGCCUCUAACAGGAUGUAUAUGUACUGUGUAUAUUAUCUCUGUGUAUUCUCUCCAAAUGUAUCCAGUUGCGUUUACAAGGGCUGGGCUUCGAGGCAGUGCCUGUUCUGUGUUUCUGAGCCUGCUGGUUGCUCUGACACAUGACUUUUCCUCUUCCCCCUUGGCCCUUCUUUCCCCUUUAGGGCGUCCUCUUCUGGCAUCAGAUGGGAUGCCUUUCCCUUAUUAUCCAACUCAUCCAGACCCUGAAAAAAUGAAGUAAAGCAGUAUCACUUAAUAAGUCUUUAAGAGAGUGGCCCACUCUGGCCCUGUAAUGGCAUUGAGGGCCAUGAAUGGUCCUCGUGUGGAGUAAAGACUGAGCUUGGGGACACUUCUUUAAAAGCUCAUUGAUUUGUAUCAAUUUGCUCUGUAGCGUGUGCUUUUUUUAUUCCUUUGCCAAGUUGGACUUUUUCGUCCUGCCUGUCUCUGAUCUGCUUAAGGGACCAAAGCCGGCCAUGCCGUGUGUCCUGUGUGUGCCCGUGUGCAGAGUGCCUGGUGCCCCUCGCGUCCUGGUGCCCUGAGGGGCCUGCGGAAUGUGGGUGAUGCGGAGGAAGCGUUAUCUUGGACUUGAGGCCCCCCCAGCCACGCAUGGCUUGGCCCCCUCAGAUAGACCCGGAAUGCCAGCCUUAGAGAAGGCAUUGUGCACAGAGCAUGUCGGGGGCCUCACCAGUGCCAGUCUGAGGGCGGGCAUCGGCCCCGGCUCCACCCCCAACCGCAGCCGCGCAUAGCCAGGCCUCAUUUGCCUCCGUCAGGAACUCUGUGCCAAGCGCUUUACAGGAAAAUGAUGUAACUGAUUGAUAUUGACAGCGGCCGAGGCAGCAGGAAAGAAAGCGCUCAUAAAUUGCUGUUAAAUUAUACAGCCCCAGGGUAGUAUUUGCAGAUAAGGCUGGAGCAGCAGCAGAAAGUGCCAUACAGUCAGGACUGAACAUUGUGAAGUCCCAGCUGACUUAACGUUUACGUAAUUCUUGGGUUUACAGAAUGGUUGGGUCACCCGUAUCAUUCCCGGUGACUGCGUGUAGAAAGCACCAAGUGAAGAUGACAGUAUCUUACUGCCAUACCAAGACUCUGUCUUGCCAAAAAUGUGCAUCAUAUCCCCCUCGUCGACUCUACUGCAUCUUCAUAUUUAUACUGGGCAUCUAGUUGCAUCUUGUCUUUGUGUCUCUCAGUGUAAUUUCUCGACUCUUGAUUUGUUUCCUUAAUUAAACAGAGGCUGCAUCUGCAGAGCCGGCUGCAGGCAUAAACGAUCCAUGCGGUCAUUUAGGGCCACAGCCAUGGAAGGGCCACGCAAUUCAGGUUCUAAAUGCUUUUUAUCUUUUUGUAUUCCGAGGGCGCAAAUAGCUUUUUUUGAUGCUAUUCUUGCGCCAGUUCCCCCCGGUCUGCGAUUGCCGACCGCUUCUGCCACCCUGGUAACUUCUUGUUUAGGGCUACUGAAAUCCUAAAGCCAGCUCUGUGCAUCUGAGUUGGUUUUUGCUGUAUCCCCUCUUGUAUCUGAUACCCACUAUGUGCAAGACAGAAAGCCAGAAUGACAGGAGCAAAUCCAGGGGCCAGGAUUAAUGUGUCUCAGGUGUGAUGUGCCCAGCAGUAACAAUGCGGUUCCAUUCAGGUCCAGAGAGAAGGAAUUCUGGCCAGCUUCAGCUAUAUAUACUAGGGUUUCCUUAUUUCAAAAGUUCAUGUGGACAGAUUAAUAUGUUUUUUAUUCUCCAAGAAAAAAAAACUAAUUCACUCCCUCUUCACAGCACAAGUGUUCUGUGGGCUGUUGAGUCAAGCAAUGAAUGUGUUGAAUUGAAUGAAAAAGAAAAGUUGCAGUGAUUUGUUGUGCUGGAGUUCAUUCAUUCAUUCAGUCAGUCAUUUGCGAAAUAAUUUUUGCAGUAAAUUUCUUAAUCUCAUUUUAAACUGUGUCGAAUUCCAGUUCCGAAAGAGCACUUUGAGUCAUAAUUUACAUGCCAAAGCAGUAAUAGUACAAUUUUAUCAGACAUUGACGGGGUUUAAUAGAAAUAACUACAAUUUCUUCAUCUUUCCUGAUCUUCUACUGACAGGUUCUCCUGCUGUCUAUUUCAAAGUUUUUUGUAAUACAAAUUUUACAAACGUUUCUGUGGCAAUCCCAUUGUGAAUGAGGAAAUGCUAAAUAUAACAUGAUUGCAUGGUCAAGUAUUCAUACAUGUCUUCCUAAUAUUGAAACAUAAGCAUGAGCAUCCACAUACUGCCAAGCGAAAAUCGUUUCCACGUACUUACCAAAGCGUUUUGAGUUGUAAAAACAACUCUACAGAGCUGCAAAGCAGCAAACGAAACAAAGAAAAAUGCUUGUAGGCUUGACAGGUAAAAGUUACAGAUGAAUGUGUGGCUUGUUUAAACUGUUAGGUGGGUGACCUUCAAGUAACAUAGAGUUUAACUCUGGGGUCAAGAAAAUAUCAGUCAUAAAGUCAGGUCUGAAGCAGUUUCUGAGUUAUGUUUAUUUCUGUUGUCAUUCUUUAAAAAAAAUUAAAAAAAAAACAAUUUUGUUGUUGCUAUAUACCUUCAAGCAGGGUUGCCCAGUUCUGUUCCUGAAGUUCUACAAUCCUGCUGGUUUUCACUCCAACCCUAACAAAGCACAUCUCAUUCAACAGCUGGAAAUUUCUUUAAUUAGUAGCAUCAGGUGUGCUGAAUUCGGGUUGUAGUGAAAACAGGGUGGUAGAUCCCAGGAACAGGAUUGGGCAGCCCUGUCUUUGUUUGUCUACUUUUGCAGCCAAUGUACUCUGCUUUCUGUUUUUUACUGUACAUAUCAUGUACCAAACGCAUGAAGGUGGUGUCAUAUCAGUGAUUAUCAGUGGUCUCCAAAGCUGUCUUCAAAUCUGCAUCUCACAUUUGUUAUGGCUGCUUACAAUUGAUGAAGCUACUAUAUAAAGUAACUUUCUGUGACAUUAUAAUAUCUGAGCCAUUAUCAUAUCAUUUGGGAACAUAGAUUCUGAAGUAUACAGUUUAAAUCGAUUGUGAUUUUGGAAAGUUACAGUACAUCUCUUCAUAUCAGGUGUGAAUAUGUUCAUAUGAAAUCAAUUUAAUGAAGACAGUUCAAUUACAGUAUCUCUUUCUUGUAGCUUUAUCCUGAUUGUUUACCUCCAACCUGAAAAUGUAAUUGCAUGAUUACAGUCUAUGGGACACAAUCAAGGCCUGUUUACUGGCUAUUUUUGAUCAAUAUUUUGUACUUUUAUGUUCAGAUUUUAAUAUCUGUGUUGGAUCUUGAUUUUGAAGGAAAUACAUUUACUCAUAAUAAAUAUAUCUGGAAGGUG